AUGGAGAAUAGAGGGUGGAUACGUGAUCCAACACAAGAAAGUGAUGAAUAUAUUCGAGGGGUUAACGAAUUUCUUGAAUUUGCUUUUCAAAACUCAGCAGAAAAUGGAAAAAUAUUGUGUCCUUGUGUAAAAUGUGCUAAUUGUGAUUCACAUUGUCGCUCAAGUGUUUAUGAACACUUAACUGAUCCGCGUUGUGGAUUCCUUAGACGUUAUACGCAGUGGGUAUUUCAUGGUGAGAGACCCAUAACUUUAAGUGGCAUAACUGAACAACAUUCUGAAAUGGAGCAUGACAUGGACGGGUUACUUCGUGAUGCUUUUGCGAUGCCUCCUUUAGAAGAGACAAUUUCUGGUGAAGGAGAAAGGAAUCAAGAAGUAGGAGAAAAUGUCAAGUUUUACAAAUUGACGAAAGAGAAUGAACAAGUUCUUUAUCCAAACAGUAAGAAGUAUAGCAAACUAUCCUUUACGGUGCAUUUGUAUCAUUUAAAGUGUCUUCAUGGGUGGAGUGACAACUCCUUCUCUAUGCUAUUAGAUUUAUUGAGAGAUGCUCUACCAGAAGGGAAUGUUUUGCCAAAGUCAUACUAUGAAACAAAGAAGAUGAUUUCAGGGUUAGGUUUGGGGUAUGAAAAGAUUUGUGCUUGUCCUAAUGACUACAUAUUGUAUUGGGAUAAAUAUAUAAAAGAUCAUGUAUGUCCAAAUUGUGGUACUUCAAGAUGGAAAAUAAAAAAUAAGGAUGUACAAGCUAAUGGAAAAGAAACUUCUGAAAAGCGUAAAAAGUUACUCGCAAAGAUCCUUCGUUGGUUUCCUUUGAAACCGAGGCUGCAAAGGUUAUUCAUGUCAUCUAAAAUUUCUGAAUCAAUGAGAUGGCAUCAUGAUGGUAGAAUGAAUGAUGGGUCUCUUAGGAAUCUGGCCGACUCACUUGCUUGGAAGGAGUUUGACUCUCAAUACAAAACAUUUUCGUCAGAUGCACGUAAUGUUCGAUUAGGGGUUGCUUAUGAUGGCUUCAAUCCUUUUAAAACAAUGAGUAUAACCCAUAGCACCUGGCCUGUCAUACUAAUUCCCUAUAAUCUUCCUCCUUGGAUGUGCAUGAAACAAUCAUUCUUCAUGUUAUCUCUACUAAUUCUAGGCCCUAAAGGCCCUGGAAAUAAUAUUGAUGUUUAUCUAUAA